AUGGUGGAUAGAAUGCCAGUUCCAACCGGGCCGGGCGAGCCCAUGAAUCGCAAACUCAUUCGGACCCUCGGCUACUUGCAAGUAGCCCAGCUUGUGACCAGUGUUGUCAAAUCGACCGUCACUCACCUGCGCGAUAACGUCCCGGAAGAGCAGAACCAACGUGGCUUCCUAGGACUCCUCCAGAGUGGUGGAACUCUUCUCCAGAGUAUAGCAAAUGACACGGUACCCGGCUACGCCGACAUACUACAGCACAUCGACGAUCUUAAGGGCAGGCUGCGAACCCUUGAACUCGAGUCGCCGCUAGAAGCCUUGAAAGAGGGAUUUACAGCGAUGCAAGAAUUCGAAGCCAACGUUACCGUGACUAUUUUCGAGAAUUACAUGCCUGGCGUGCCAGAGAUUCUCGACAACUGGCAGCGGGGAAAGCAGGAAUUGGCAGAAGAUCACGGCCCGGAAACAGAGGUGCAGCAGGCUAUGCGCAUCUUACGCGUGCUUGGGAGUCGUGCGACAAACACUCUCAACGACGUGCUGCGAGACUGGAUUCCAGGAUACAAGGAGGCGCAAGAUUCCAUCUCAAUUCACACCAAGAACCUGGCCAAUGAGGUCCAACUCUACCAAGAGAGAAAGACAGAUAUCUUCCAAGUACUUAAAGAUGGUUUGGAGCUGCCCCUAGACAUUGCCUUGGGAACACUGCAUCGAAUGCUGAGCGAUUACGUUCCCGGAGAAACAUAUCUUGAAGGGGCCGUGUUCGGCACCAAGCCAGCAGCGAACGAGUACGAGCUAGCGAGGAAAUUUCUCGACCGCAUUUGUCUCGAGUCCAAGCCUGGCGCUCUUCCUUGGUAUGAAAUCUCAGAAGCUUUUGCCGACUGGGUUGACUUCAAAUGCGCAUGGAGGAAUAACCCCGAGAAACUAUUCUUGGAGUUUUAUGAGAGGAGGCGACGUCGCCAACGACGUGUUUCGCCCCCGUCCCCUAGCGACGACAAGAUCACCGUGGCUGUCACUUGCUGGAGGGACGGACGUAAUCAAAUGAGAUGCACAUCAUCAUCCCCGAAUAGUCGAGGCAAUUCCCAUACGGCUAGGCCCUUUGGGGGCGACUAG